AUGUCACACGCCACUCGCCUUCUUCUAGAAAAGCAUCGCGAGAAACCAAGAUCGGUACAUCUUGCCUUUCUAGACUUAGAGAAGGUUUUCGAACGCGUUCCGCGUGACGUUAUACGGUAUGCCUUACAGCAGCAUGGCGUUCCUAAAGAGGUCAUCGUGUGGGUACGCAUCCUUUACUCUAGUCCGAAGAGCCGACCGCAAAUGGCAGCGGGCAUAUCGGAGUAUUUUUCCAUUUCCGUUGGGGUGGACCGCGGCUCUGCAUUAUCCCCACUAUUAUUUGGUGGUGUCAUGGAUACCACUACAAGAGACCUCCAGAAGCCAGAUUCAUGGGCUCUUCUUUAUGCCGGUGACGUGAUCCUCUCCAGCGAAGACGAAAGUGAGCUUGAGCAACAGGUGCAAGCCCGGUCCGACUGUCUGGCUGUGCUCGGACCGAGGUUGAACGUCAAAAAGACAGUAAUUGAGAACCGAUCCGAGCGAGCCAGGCUCUAUUAA